GGAGCAGGGCGCAUGCGCGGCGGCAGCAGCAGCGCUCGUGCUGCAGCUUCGUCGUCUCACCGGAGGUUUUUACGUUUUAUUCGGUUUGUUGUGACGUCACAGCCCGGGACGCAGCGGAUACCUGCUCCGUCAUCAGGCAGGAAGUGAGGAAAAGGAGCUUCCGGUUACAGCGAUGAAGAGGAGUCGGCUGCUGACCCUACUGGUGGGCGGAGUCUUCUGCCUGGCUGUGAUGUCACUGUACCGCAUGCUGGAGCUGAUGCAGGGGGCGGAGCCUCAGCCCCGCCGAGAUGCACCUGACGAGCAGGUGGACGAGGAUUUGUCCCGCCUCCAGCAGAAGAUUGACAGGUUGGAGCGUCUCCUCAGCGACAACAACCGGCUGGUUGCUAGGCUACGUGACUCUCUGCUCCAGCACAAAGCAUCAUGGGAAAGAGGAGGGGGAGGGGCCAAUGUUAGUUCAGACUCCACCCACAGCCAAGCUGCCCCGCCUCCUGGCUGCCGAUUGGCUGAAGAGAUGAAAGACGGAGCAGAUGGAGUGCAGCUGCUGGACGUCUAUGACCUCCUGCCCUUCGAUAACCCUGACGGUGGCGCCUGGAAACAGGGCUUUGAGAUCGGUUACCGUGGAGACGAGUGGGACGAGCAGCCGCUGGAGCUCUUCCUGGUUCCACAUUCGCACAACGACCCCGGUUGGCUGAAGACGUUCGACGGUUAUUACCAGGACCAGACCCGACACAUCCUGGACAACAUGCUGCAGAAACUCAGCCAAGACCACAGGAGGAAGAUGGUUUGGGCAGAGAUCAGUUAUUUCUCUAAGUGGUGGAACGAUAUCGAUGAUCAGAAGAGAGCGACGGUCAAACGCCUGGUGGGGGCGGGGCAGCUGGAGCUGGUGACGGGCGGCUGGGUGAUGGCGGACGAAGCCAACUCUCACUACUUUGCUCUACUGGAUCAGUUGAUGGAGGGCCACCAAUGGCUGCACAGACAUCUGGGCGUGACGCCAAGCAGCGGCUGGGCCAUCGACCCCUUCGGACACUCCCCCUCCAUGACCUACCUGCUGAAGGGGGCGGGGCUUCAGAACAUGGUCAUCCAGCGGGUUCACUACGCCGUGAAGAAGCACUUCGCCCGGCAACAGACGCUGGAGUUUCUAUGGCGACAGACCUGGGACUCCUCCCCCCGCAGUGACAUCACAUGUCACAUGAUGCCGUUCUACAGCUACGACGUUCCACACACAUGUGGCCCGAACCCGGCGGUCUGCUGUCAGUUCGACUUCCACCGCCUGCCGGGGAGGCGGGUCUUCUGUCCAUGGAGGGUCCCGCCGCAGCCAAUCACAGAUCAGAAUGUCCAGGAGAGAGCGCUGCUGCUGUUGGAUCAGUACCGGCAGAAGUCUCAGCUCUUCCGUUCUCCGGUUCUCCUGGUUCCCCUCGGGGAUGACUUUCGCUUCGUCGAGACGAGUGAAUGGGACGUUCAGUUCACCAACUACCAGAAACUCUUCGACUACUUCGAGCAGCAUCCAGAGCUCCACAUCAAGGCUCGUUUUGGGACUCUCUCUGAUUACUUCCAGGCUCUUCAUCGGCGCCUCGGUGCCGCCGGAACGUCGCUGCCGACGCUCCGUGGAGAUUUCUUCACCUACGCCGACCGGGACGACCACUACUGGAGCGGGUUCUUCACGUCGCGGCCGUUCUACAAGCGCCUGGACCGGACGUUGGAGGCCACGCUCAGGGCCACAGAAAUCCUCUUCAGCCUGACCUUGGCUGAGAUGCGUCGUUUCGGCGCCGACGGUCGUCCGGAUGCUCGCUUUCCGGCUCGGGACCACUUCCGGAGGCUGACGGUGGGGAGGAGGAACCUGGGGCUGUUCCAGCACCACGAUGCCGUCACCGGCACCGGCCGAGACCCGGUGGUGGUCGAUUACGGCACCAGGUUGUUUCACUCCAUCCUGAACCUGCGCCAGGUGCUGCAGAGCUCCGCCCACUGGCUGCUCCUAUUGGACAAGAGCCAGUACCACCACGACCAAUCAAAGUCCUUUCUGCAAAUGGAUGAGGUGAUGUCAGCACAGGACGCUCUUCCUCAAAAGACGAUGCUGGAGCUCAGUGAUGAGCCCAGGUCAUUGAUCGUCUUCAACCCGACUGAGCAGCUCCAGACCUCCGUCAUCAGCGUCACCGUCGACUCUCCAGACGCUCAUGUCGUAGACGCAGAAACAGGCCGACCAAUGGCUGCACAGAUCUCUGCGGCGUGGGUGGAGCCAAGCCAGGUUUCCACAGAAAUGUUCCAGCUCUCCUUCGUGGUAGAACUUCCUCCUCUGUCGCUCCUCGUCUAUCAUGUGACCAAAGCAGCAGCUGGCUCCACCCCCCGGGCACGCUACACCAUCCAUCGCCAUGGCGACCGACCAGUCGUCCACACCAAGCACUUUCAGGUGUCCCGCCCCCCUGAGGAUGACGCCCCCCUGUUGCUUAGCAACAAACACAUCCAGUUGUGGAGCUCCGUGGAGACGGGCCUGCUGCAGAAGCUCCGUCUGCCCUCCGGUCGCCUCCAGCAGCUGCAGGUCCAGUUUCUGUGGUACGGAACCAGAACCGGAACCAACCAGGAGAAGAGCGGAGCCUACCUGUUCCUACCUGGAGAGGACGGGCCUCAGCUCUACCCGUCCUCAGAGUCUCCGCUGGUUCGUGUCUCCAGAGGUCCGAUCUUCUCCGACAUCACUUCCUGUUUCCAGCAUUUCACCCACACAGUUCGUCUGUUUCACCUGGAUGGGCAUGCUGGGAAGUCGCUGGAGAUCUCCAACAUGGUGGACAUCAGGUCAGAGGUCAACCGUGAGCUCGUCAUGCGGUUCGUCAGUGAUGUCGCCAACGGCAACCGUUUCUACUCCGACCUCAACGGCUUCCAGAUGCAGCAGCGUCGGACUCUGCUGAAGCUCCCCCUACAGGCCAACUUCUACCCGAUGACCUCAGCGGCGUUCCUGCAGGACUCGGGGAGUCGACUGACGCUGCUGUCGGCUCAGAGUCAGGCGGUGGCGUCACUCAGACCAGGUGAGCUGGAGGUGGUGUUGGACCGGCGGCUGCAGCAGGACGAUAACCGCGGCCUCGGACAAGGAAUAACCGACAACAAGCUGACAGCCAGUCUGUACCACCUGCUGCUGGAGGACCGGAGGGGUGGGGCUCAGGAAGUGGGUGGAGCAACGGUGGAACACCUGUCACUCCUCGCACACCUGACCUCGCUCUCCCUCAGCCACCCGCCAAUCACCAUGGUUGCCCCCAGCGACAGUCAGCUGCCGAAGCUCCGCCCCUUCCUGCCGCUGCGCCUGUCGCUGCCGUGCGACAUUCACCUGCUGAACCUGAGGACGCUGGAGGACACACAGGAAGCUGAGAGUCCGUCACGUGACGCGGCGCUCCUGCUCCACAGAAAGGGCUUUGACUGUAGCUCCACCCCCGACCCACCGCCAUCGUGCACAUGGAGCGCGCACAAGGAGGUGAACCUGGAGGAUCUUUUCUCUCCUCUCCGUUUCCGUUCUGUCCGUCAUUCUUCUCUCACUCUGCUGCACGACGAGCCGGAAUCUGCCUGGCAACCGCAACGCAUCACCCGGCUGCGACCGAUGGAAAUCAGCGCUUUCCGCGUGCAGCUGGACUGAAAAUCAACAGAACACAUUCACACAAAACUGCUGCACCAAUGAGCCGAGACACUGAGCUGCAAGCGACCAAUCAGAAACCAGAGACAGAAAAUACCAUAAAAAAUGACCAAUCAGAAACCAACUGAUCCAGUGUUAUUGACAAUUAAUCAAAGUUUUACAAAAUUAAUUCAAAGGGAGGAAACACGUGUUGCUACGGCAACAACAAGGGACCAGUUGAGUUGUACGCUUGUGUUGGAGUGUUUCCAUGGCGACGGUCUGUUACUGCUGUUCAGAUGUGAUCAGUCUGAUUUUAUUGAUCAAUUCAGGAACUUAUUUUGAAAAAACUGUUGGAUUUUACUGUGAAAAGGGAAGCUAGGAGGAAUUCUGUGAAACUUGUGGGUAUUUUUCUAAUCAGAUUCUCUAUUUUCUCUUUAAUGAUAGAAUAUAUAUGAAGUAUUUACGACAUGGAAUGAAUUUCAAAAUGCAUUUUUACCGUUUUGAAUUUGUUAAAAAAAUAUUGUUGUUUAUUUUUAGGACAAUUUUUGUUUGAAUAGAAAAUAAAUUAUUUUAAUUUUU